GCCGCACUCCCGCCUCCACGCGAAUACUACAACUCUUCUCCGUUCCUCUCUCUACUGGGAGCAACCUCUGCCCAACCUUUUGCUUUCUACGUUUGAGCUCGCGCCAAAAUGGCUGGUCGUGGUUUCUGCGUCGGUAUCGGUGAGUACUCGCGCCGUGUAAGCCAAGUGCCUCGGUACAUUCAUGUCGCAGGGGAGCAGGAGCGGGGCGCUGUCGCACCCACACGCUUGGUCUGCGCAUGUCGCGUGCGCAGCUCGCAUCAGCAUCACGACAGGACAAAAAGCGGGGCGUUGCCAUGUUUGGCCAGCAUCCACCACUUUGCGCAUGCUAGAUGGAUUCUUUUCAGCCAUGCGCAGUACUGUGUCCAGCAUACUCUACUGAAAGGUAGCCAUGGCAUCCCCUGUCUCGCUCGUGCAUUCCCUCUCUCCGCCUGCUAGGCACGCGCAUCAUACUUCGCUCGUGGCCGAUGUGUGCUCAAUCAUGCUCUCUGACGCUUUGAUAAUCACUUCAUGGGGUGCAGGCGAAAUCUUGGCAUUUGCUGCUCUGGUGUUGACCAUCCUUGUCAACAUUGGACAAAUCUCUCAGAACAUUGUAUCUCGCAACAUCUACUACGCCGAGCUUGACCUGACAAACUUCGAAGCUACUCUCCGAGCCCAGGCGGGAUCCGCUGGAGGCGUCUCUGGCGUGUACGCGAGCGACCAGUCGUCUCCUCUUGGCCAGAGCCAGGGUCUGCGCAACACCUACCAGUGGGGUCUUUACAACUACUGCGGAGGCCAGAACGAGGACCAGAACCGAGCCUGUGUGGACAGCCGUUUCGGAGCGGGCCGCUUCCAGCCAGCAGAGACUAUUUACGCCGACUUGCCCACCGAGUACCAAACCCUUUUCAACCAGACCGUCAGCCAAGGCACAUUUGCGGACAGCAGCUACCUUGGUCGUUUCUCCCAUGCGGCCUUCUACCUCGUUUUUGUCGGCACCGUGCUAGCAGGUGUGACCUUCUUGGUCGUCUUCCUGGCGCACCGCUUCGCGUUCCUUUGCGCGGCGCUCACAGCUCUGGCUGGAGCGGCGUGCAUCGGUGCAGGUGCUGCCAUCUACACCGCCAUCCUUGUCAAGACGCGCGACUCGAUCGAGAGCCUUGGCGGAGCAGAGCUCACCCUCAACAACGCUCUUUGGAUGCUGUGGGCAGCGUUUGGCUCUCUUGCACUUGCCAUCGUGCCCUUGAUCCUCUCUUGCUGCUUCGGACGCAACAAGUACUAGACUGCUAAGUUUCAUAGCGACGAUCAGCAAGUUGCCGACCAGAGCUUGCUCGAACACCGAUCGCAGAGCCUCAGCCACGUCCCGAUACCCCUGCAGGUGGUGACACAGAGAGUACUCUGGUCGCUCCUGCACAGCCCAGCACUCGCAUUGCAGAGCUUGGUUCCCUUCCGACGCCCACUUCGCACAGACAUCACAUCGACACGAACCGAAAAAUCACCACCACACUUCUGCACGUUGAGCUGUUCACUUUAUGAUGAGGACUUGCUGAGAAUGUCAGAAACACGUACCGCAUUCCGCGCAAGUAUCUGCGAUCUGAAGAAGAUUGCCCCUUCGAGAACGCUUGAUCUACGAACUACUUGACCCCCUUUAUUUUUCGCCUUGUGUGCAUACAUUUCGAUUUCCCGUCUCACUCCGCUGGCCUUCGCGGGCAUGUACCCAUACGAAUUAAUUGCAAUACCGAUCAAAUCAGCUCUUG